AUGACGUUAUGCUCUUUUGGUUUGCGUCUUCUUGGGCGUCGUCCUUUGCUCGCUUGUUCUUUUGCAAUUUCUGAAAGCAGACGUUUUGCAUUGCAAUCGUCUACCGGUGGGGAAAACCUAUGCCGAGAAGCAGCGCAGUCAUUGUUUUCAAUGGAGCGUUUUCACAGAAAUAGUCAUGUAGAAGGAGAAAGACGACAAGUAGAACGACAAGCCUGGCGUGAACUACAAAAGCUUCCUGAUUCUGCAACAGAAAAUGCCGAUAUAAAUGAUAUAACGGAUGUAUUGGGUGCGUGGUGUUACUUUUCAAGAUUCUGGGAACAGGGAAUGCGAGGUCCAGGUGAAGAAGAACAAGGGAAAUCAGAUGAAUCACGCGAAAAAGAAAUAAAAGUCCCUUCGGUGGAACGAUCGGGGGCAAGAUUUGGCGCACCCACCGCGGAUGAAGCCCCGCCGCCGAGGGCCAACCCACUCGAUGAGGUGUUGGAAUUUUAA